CGGUCAUCCCGCCUUGGGAUGCCGUGCGACUCGAGGCUGUGCCGCUUCGGCGACAGGGACCCACCGCGCUCCCCCACAAACUCGGCCAAACACGGCCAAGCCAAGGGGGCGACGCGGAAUACCCGAGGCGAAACGCGGCAAUCACCAGUCGGGCUGUUUGGUUUCUAAACAUGUUUGUUGUGCUGUAGUUCUGUCGUACGAAUAUCAAGCACCGACGACCCUCGCCUGGCAGAUCUAGAGUUGUGUUUAGGAGCUUAGAGGGCACGCAAAAGAGGCCUGGGCCAGCCGCCAACAUCGCCGGUAUAAAGCCGAGGAAGCAAGAAAGAAAAGCACACACACAUACACACACACACACACACACCCACGAACAAAAAAAAAAAAAUGUCGAUCCUCCCAAGGGGCAUCCGCGCCGUGCUGACCAAGGCGCCCACCGACGUCGUCAUCGUCUCGUCGCUGCGCACGCCCGUGUGCCGGUCCGGGCGCGGCCAGCUAAAAGACGCGUACCCGGAGGAGAUGCUGGCGGCGGUGCUGCGCGCCACGCUGGACCGCAACCCGGCGCUGCCCGCGGCCGCCGUCGAGGACGUCGCCGUCGGCGUCGUGCUCUCGGAGCUGGGCGGGUCCAAGGCCGCGCGCGCGGCGCUCAACCACGUCGGCUACGACCCGCGCCGCACGAGCCUGCACACCGUCAACCGCGCCUGCGCCUCGUCGCUGCAGGCCGUGGCCGCCACGGCGGCCGCGAUCCGGUCCGAUUUUAUCGCGGUCGGCAUCGCGGCGGGCAUGGAGAGCAUGACGCGCAACUACGGCUCCCGCGCCAUACCUGCCGACAUGUGGCCGGCGCUGCGCGGGGAGGACACGACGGUCAAGGACGCGCGCGACUGCGUCAUGCCCAUGGGCCUGACCAGCGAGCUCGUCGCGGCCCGCUACGGCGUCUCGCGCGCCGACCAGGACGCCUUCGCGGCCGAGUCGCACGCGCGCGCCGCCCGCGCCCAGGACGCCGGCCACUUUGACGCCGAGAUCGUGCCCGUCAAGACCCGCUUUCAAGAGGUCGACAAGCAAGGGAACGCCGUCGGCGAGGUCCAGGAGGUGACGGUGACGCGCGACGACGGCGUGCGGCGCGGCGUCACGGCCGAAAAGCUGGCGACGCUGAAGCCGGCCUUCAAGCCCGACGGCGCCAGCACGGCCGGCAACUCGUCGCAGGUGUCGGACGGCGCGGCCGCCACGCUCAUGAUGCGCCGCGACGCCGCCGAGCGGCUGGGGCUCGCGGGCUCCGUCAUGGGCCGCUUCGUGGCCGCGUCCGUGGCCGGCUGCGCCCCCGACGAGAUGGGCGUGGGACCGGCCGUGGCCGUGCCCAAGCUGCUGAGCCAGCUCGGCAUCGAGGCCGCGGACGUGCAGAGGUGGGAGAUCAACGAGGCCUUCGCCAGCCAGGCCAUCCACUGCGUGCGCGCGCUCGGGCUCGAGAAGGCCUGGCGGGACGGCGCCGUCAACCCCGACGGCGGCGCCAUCGCCCUCGGGCACCCGCUGGGCGCCACGGGCGCUAGGAUGACGGCCACGCUGAUGCACGGCCUGAGGCGCGGCGAGGUUGGCGUCGUGAGCAUGUGCAUCGGCACCGGCAUGGGCAUGGCCGGUUUGUUUGUCAGGGAUUAGCGGCCCGUCUGGGCACCCGGGGGUUUCCUAGCCUGUGCUCGUAUCUUGUGUAGAGUGUAUUUAACUAGACUUCAGCACAAAGCAAGCGAGGCCACGCCGUGUUUUAACCAUGUGAGGGUGUGUCCAUUGCAUCGUUACUAGCCGGCGCAGGCAAUUUCACCGCCUGGCUACAGAUGAGCGCUAUGUAAACCUAACUAAUAAAUCGUAUUGGAUUGAGGCUUGAG